AUGCUAAGCAAUGUGAAAAUAGACACCAAGUCGGACUCGAGAGCCCAGGCAUACGAACACAACUCGUAUCUCUUGAUCUACACGAUUGCCGAUCUUAAAAACUAUCCAGAUAUGGCUCUACCUCCAAUCGCAACGGCGACGUUGCAGGCCGCCCUCGUGAAUGCUGGAUCGAAUGUCCUGGCGCAGGGCAUCAAAGCGUGGAGAGACCAGACACCAUUUGUGCUUGAUCUGCAGGCUCUGUUCCAGUUUACGACCUGUGCGUUCAUUCUCUCGCCACUGACUUUCGUCUGGCUUGAGAACCUAGAAGCGCGACUGCCCGGUUUCACGGAGGACAAGGACGUCUCGAAGACUGAGGCGAAGAAUGGCCCCAAGAAGCAAAAGCUGAAUGUCAAGAACACUGUGGCAAAGGUGAUUAUUGACCAGACUAUCGGGGCCACCAUCAACACCGCGGCCUUUAUCAUGACGAUGGGGCUAUUACGGGGCCAGGAUUUUGAGGUGAUCAAGGGCCAGCUUCGAGAUGAUUUUGUGCCUAUUAUGCUGGCGGGCCUCAAGCUGUGGCCUUUUGUGUCGGUUUUGAACUUCACCGUCGUGCCAGCGGAUAAGCGGUUGCUUGUGGGGAGUUUGUUUGGUGUCAUUUGGGCGGUUUACCUGAGUCUCAUGUCUGGAUGA